AGGGGGCGCAGGGCGGGGAGCAGCGGGCGGACGAGGGGCGCGCCGCGCGGGUCGAGCUGGCGGCGGCACCCAGCUCGCAGUGCUGCCCGCGCUUCCCGGCGUCCGCGCCCGCUGCCCGUGCCCGCCGUGCCCGCCGUGCCCGCCGUGCCCUUUCCGCCAUGGCCGCGGCCGCCCUCGCGCCCAGACCCGGGUCCCGGCCGCUGCCUCUGCUCCUGCUGCCUCUGCUGCUGCUGCGCGCCGGCUCCGUGCGCGCCGACAGUAAGGUGUUUGGCGACGUGGACCAGGUGCGCAUGACCUCGGAGGGCUCCGACUGCCGCUGCAAGUGCAUCAUGCGGCCGCUGAGCAAGGACGCGUGCAGCCGCGUGCGCAGCGGGCGGGCACGCGUGGAGGACUUCUACACGGUGGAGACGGUGAGCUCCGGGACCGACUGCCGCUGCUCCUGCACGGCGCCGCCCUCCUCGCUCAACCCCUGCGAGAACGAGUGGAAGAUGGAGAAACUCAAGAAACAGGCACCCGAGCUCCUGAAGCUGCAGUCCAUGGUGGAUCUCCUGGAGGGCACCUUGUACAGCAUGGACCUGAUGAAAGUGCACGCCUACGUCCACAAGGUGGCUUCCCAGAUGAACACACUGGAAGAGAGCAUCAAGGCCAACCUGAGCCGGGAGAACGAGGUGGUGAGGGAGAGCAUGCGCCACUUCAGUGAGCAGCUGAAGCAUUAUGAGAACCACUCGGCCAUCAUGAUGAGCAUCAAGAAGGAGCUCUCCAACCUGGGCCUCCAGCUGCUGCAGAAGGACGCGGCCACGGCACCUGCCGCUGCCCCGGCCACCGGCCCUGGCAGCAAGGCUCAGGACACAGCUGGAGGGAAAGGCAAGGACAACAAAUAUGGCACCGUGCAGAAGAGCUUUGUAGACAAGGGCCUCCCAAAACCUCCUAAGGAGAAGCUGCUGAAGGCGGAGAAGCUGAGGAUGGAGGGCGGCAAGGGCAGAUUCCCCCGGCCCACAGCCAAGCCCCGGGCCCUGGCCCAGCAGCAGGCCGUGAUCCGAGGCAUCACCUACUACAAGGCGGGCAGGAAGGAGGCUCCGGAGGCCAUGGCUGACAACGCCCUCAAGGGCACUUCAUGGCUAGAGCAGCUGCCACCCAGGGUAGAGGGCAGGCCACCCGAGCCCAACUUGGCAGAGCGUGACGAGGCUGGACCCAGGGCCUCCGAGAGAGCAGACUCGGCUCCUGGCACCCCCACCUCGAAUCCCACCACCACCUCUACCCCAACUCCCACCACCAGUCCCCUGCCCACUGAGCCACCUCCACGCCCAGAAGUCCCCAGCCAAGGCAAGGAGGCGAGCUGUGAGGGCACCCUCAGAGCCGUGGAUCCCCCCGUGAGGCACCACAGCUACGGGCGCCAUGAGGGAGCCUGGAUGAAGGACCCUGCUGCCAGGGAUGACAGGAUCUACGUCACCAACUACUACUACGGAAAUAGCCUGGUGGAGUUCCGUAACCUGGAAAACUUCAAGCAAGGCCGCUGGAGUAACAUGUACAAGCUGCCCUACAACUGGAUCGGCACGGGCCACGUGGUGUACCAGGGCGCCUUCUACUACAACCGCGCCUUCACCAAGAACAUUAUCAAGUACGACCUGCGACAGCGCUUCGUGGCCUCCUGGGCGCUGCUGCCCGACGUGGUAUAUGAAGACACCACCCCCUGGAAGUGGCGCGGCCACUCGGACAUCGACUUCGCUGUGGACGAGAGCGGCCUGUGGGUCAUCUACCCUGCCACAGAUGACAGCGACGAGGCCCAGUCCGAGGUGAUCGUGCUGAGCCGCCUGGACCCCGGCGACCUGUCAGUGCACCGCGAGACCACGUGGAAGACGCGGCUGCGGCGGAACUCCUACGGGAACUGCUUCCUGGUGUGCGGCAUCCUGUACGCCGUGGACACGUACAACCAGCAGGAGGGCCACGUGGCCUAUGCCUUCGACACGCACACGGGCACCGAUGCCAGCCCGCAGCUGCCCUUCCUCAACGAGCACGCCUACACCACCCAGAUCGACUACAACCCCAAGGAGCGGGUGCUAUACGCCUGGGACAAUGGCCACCAGCUCACCUACACCCUCCACUUCGUGGUCUGAGUGAGGACCUGUGCCCACAGGAGAGGAGUGGCCAUGGGCAUGGGGGCUCCCCACAGCAACUCCUGCAACGGACUCCCUCAGCAAAUAUUUAUUGGGGGCCAGGCCCGGGGCUAGGUGCUAGGCAGGCUGCGUAGCCAGGAGAAAACUUCCUUAGCACCCAGUGGAAUAACAAUCGCUUCCACUCACAGAACACUGUGCCAAGAGCAUGACUGUGCACUAACCCACUUAAUCCUCCCAACAACACCCCUGGAGGGAGAGACAGUUAAGCCCAUUUAACAGAUGAGGAGACUGAGGCCUCAGCUUGGAUCAGGCAGGUCCGUUUUACAGAUGAGGAGAUCUGAACCAUGCUCUCCCCUACUGCCAGUCCCCUCCCCUCUCCCCUUGUUUCUCUUGUUCUUUCAAAUCUGUCUCCCUCCAGGGCUACUCAAAACCAGAGGCCUUUGGGACCAACACACUAGUGUUGGGUGGAAGCCCAGUUCUGUGUGCCACUCUGGGCCCCUGUUCUGACUGAGCUGUUGGUGGCCCUGGGCUUUGGGACCCUUGGCUAAUACCCCUGCUCCUUGCCUUUGGCCCGUCCCCCAUACCCACCCCACCCACUGUCGGACCACAUUCCAAACCUCCACAGUCACCCAGCCACUAAGCAGAAACCACACCCUAAGAAAAAAUACCAGCCCCCGUUCCAAGACCCCCUCCCUCUGUACUCAUUUUUAUUUUCUCUUGUUCUUCAUCAGCGCCGUCAUUUGUUUCUGCAGCAGCAGCAGCUGAAAAGACUACAGGCAGCUGCCUGCCAGCAGCAGCUCUACCAGGGUGGGGAACUGGGCCAGGCCCCGAGGUUCCCUCUCCACCCAAAAGUGCUGGCUUUGUCCACAUACCCGGGCUGUGGGACCUCUCCCCAGACCCUCCCAGAGCCUUUGGUCCUGGGGUCCACCUCAUCCUUUCUCUGCAGGCCUUUGAACCCACAGUCUGUGUGCACUCAGGGAUACCUCCAGGUCUGCCAUGAGCAAGACCCCAGGCCUGAGGCUGGGUGGUGCCAGGAUGAAACAGGCUCCUUCUUCCUUGUCAGUCCUAACCUGGUCAUUUGGUGUGAUAGCCCAGCAGUCUAGGGAGCUGGCGAAGGCUAAGAUCUGGGCAGUCAGAUCCAGAGGAGAUUUCAGACCUUCUGAUUGCAGGGAAGAGCCAGAGAGAAGCUGGGAGGGAAGGAGAAAGGGGCUGUGAAUCGGACUUUUCCUGGUUUCAGAGAUGUUGGUGUCAGGGCGGCCCUGAGCACAAGACUUGGGGCUGAGGAUGCACAGGUGGACUGCCUCACCUGGUGCUCCCCUGAGCCUCAGACCCAGGCAGCCCAGGGGACCAAACCUUCAGACUGGCCCCUCAUAUGCUUUGAACAGCAUUUUUAGAGCUGGGAAGAAGUUCUCUGGUCCAACUACCUAUAUCAUCAAAGGAGAAAUAGGCCCAGAAUGGUUUAGAGAAUGGCUUGGGGCCACACUAGGAACAGGACACAGUCGAGCUCCUUCCAGAGGGGCUUCAUCUGUAUCCUUUACUUUCCUGGCUUAGAGGCAGCUAGGCAACAGGCCACCCAGCACCCAGGCCAUCCCAACACCUUUGGAAGGUGUUUACUGCUGAUCUCUACACAACCCCAGACCCUGUCCCCAUGCCAGCUCCCAGGUAUCUGUAUAUAUGAACACCCAGCUGCCAUGUUAGGAAAUUCAGCUGCAUACUCAAGAGUGUAAGGAAUUGCAUUUUGUGCAGAAGACAUUUCUUUUAGGCGUUGUCAGGUGAUGUUGUUUUGUUUAAGCUGUAACUCACCCCGGAAAUAAAGGGGAAUGAUGACACCCAGCCAAGCAAGGCCUGACUCAUAGCGGUGGACACAUCCAGCCUCCCCCACCCAGCCGAACGCCUAGGGCUCGGCUUACAGACUCUUCAGGGGGCUGCGAGCCCCGGCGUUUCCCUUGGCCCUGGGUGUGGGUUUCAGAAGACUCUUGUCUUUUGUGAUAUCACAGCCCAACCAUGUGAGAAGUGUUCAGGCUCCUCUUUUCCCGUUAGUCUGAGAAAAGGGAAAGUUAGAAUGGACCGAUUUUGAAAAAGGAUAAGCAAAAUGAUUUUCAGGGCGGGGAGGAUGCUGGCUGCAGCCUCUAAACGUUCACUAAGCCCUUUCUGUUUUCAAGCCCCUGUAUGUGGGUUACGUUGUUGGUGGUUAUUUUCCUCAUUUUUACAGAUGGUCAGACUGGCGCCCAGAGAAGUUAAAUGGAGGCAGUUAAGUGGAGAGCCAGGUUUCCAGGUCAGAUAAUGUAACCUGAGCAUCAACAGUGGCCACAUGCACAUAAUUCUUGCAUCUUCAUGAGAGUAGAAGGUAUAUGUAUAUAUACAUACUCUGAUUGUGCACAUUUUACAGACAAGGAACCCAAGGUGAAGGGACUACCCAAGAACACAGCGCAGCUUAGUUUGUGGCAGAUUCAGGCUUUCAGGGCUGGUCAGUAUAUGUUCUUUACCAACUGUGUGCCACUCUAGUGGCAGCUCCAGAAAUGGUGGCCAUUGCUUUUCACCAGUGUGUCUGGCCAUAAACUACAUCUGCAUAGGAGACUCAAGAAGAAGGUUGAGGUCAGCUUGUAAAGACCCUUAAAUGCCAAGCCAAGGAGUGACUGCCUACAGUCACGUUUGGAACAAAGUCCAGUAUAAAUUAACAGAGAAAAGAAAAUUCUAAAACAAUUGGAUUUUGUCCUAUCAGGGAUGGGAGGCAGAGAAGGGUUUUUGUGGUGGGAUUUAUUACAUUUGGUAACAGGUACUUCAAACAAGGAAGGAGAGGCCAGCGUUUCCUACUGACCUGGACUAUGAAGGCUAAGGAAGCCAUCUCUGGUGUUUCUGAACAACAUAAUACAUAAAGGGGACUUGGCACCCACCUCUGAUUCCUCCCUAGAGAUUUCCAGACCUUAAUAUUUAAUCUGCUCUGUUUGGGGAGAGAACGGCGCCUCUGCCCAAAGGUGAGGCUUUGGGUGGGGGGUGGUUCAGGGGAAUGAUCUGAGGGCUCCUAAGAGCCCAUGUGUUCUAAAGGAUCUUUUCCUCCAUGACAGCAUUGGAAACCACCCUGCUGACAGGAGGACGCAGCACUGGAUAGUUGUCAGGGAGCCCUGGACAGGAGUUAGCGUACCCUGGGUUAGAAUCUGGCUAUGCCCCUAACAUGCUGCAUGUUCAGGUAGGCAGGGACUGACAAUGGGGACAGAUGUCAGCUCUCUUUUAUGGCUGAAGACUUGCAGCUUAGUGAGGACCAAGAACAGCUGAGGGCCCAAGCAGUAUCCUCAUCGAGCUAGAAGGCACCUUUACAUACAUUGUCACUAAUCCACCCAGGAACCCCCAGGUCGGCAUUACUUUUCCCCAUUACAGGUGAUGAACCUCAGGUUCAGAAAGGUUAAGCAAACUGCUCAGGGUCACGAAUCUAACAAGUAGUAGAGUCAAGAGUUGAACUAGGUCUGUUUUUACACCAAAGCCCCAAACUAACUGUUGUUAGGAAUUUUGUAACCAGUCAGAUUUUCUUCUUUGCUUUGGCCACUGAGAAGCUCAAAGUCAAAUUGAGAUUAUUUUUAACAAUUGUACUGAGUCUCCUACUGGACUCUGACUUCAUUUAGCUUUCUGCUUUUACCUUUACCUGGAUCUCUUUAUUUUUAUUGUAUUGUAUUUUAUCUAUUUUUGUAAAUCGCCACAACGCCUUUUUUGAAGCAAGUUGGAACGUACUUAAAUAAAUACACGAUCAAAAGCUUGA